AUGAUAUUACAAAUUCGCGCGGGUUAUUUUCCCUCUUUCAUCUCGUGUGAAUCGUCAUCGGAGUUCGGAGUGGAGAUGAACGAUCAAGCUCAGAUGAUGAAUCAGUCGCAGCAGCUUCCGAUAAUGCAAUCCCAUCGGUUGAUGAAUAAUCAGAACUCCCAGAUGUUGGUGAAUCAGUUAAUUAAUCCUUCUCAUAUGAUGAUGAAUCAGUCACAGUCGCAGGGGAUGUUGAACAACCGAGGUGGUCGUUACGGGAUGUGGCCGCCGGCGCAACCGGGGCAGCUCAAGUUCCAGAAUCCGAACACGAAACCUUCAGGUUUUGUUCCGUCUUCUUCAAAACCUAUGGGGCCACGAAACAACAAAAACUGGAAGGGGAAGAAGGGAAAUGACAAACGGAAUAACAAUAAUUGGAACGAAUUAGGCAAUGUUGGAGUAGGUAAUUAUAAUCCGCCUACACUCAAGGAACUACAGCAACAAAAUCGAUUGAAAGCCAGAAGAUACUUUUCAAAGAAGAAACACAAUCAUGGUGGUAAAUCAGCUCCUUUUGCUCCUAGAAACACUACUUCCUUCCUCAUUCGUGCAAAAAAAGCAGGAGGGAUUACAUCUCUGGUUUCUCCAUGCCCUGUUACUCCUUCUGUACUCCCUACGCCGAUUUUUUCUCCAUCUCGUGAGGUUUUAGUUGACAUGGCGAAAGAAGAAUGGGGUGUUGAUGGGUAUGGGUCGAUGAAAGGGUUAAUCAGGCUUCGUUCUCCUGGAAAUGACGAAGAAGAUGAAGAAGGUGGAUCAAGUGAAAGCGAUGUUGAGGAACAUUUGGAGGUGGAGAGGAGAUUAGACCAUGAUUUGAGCAGAUUUGAGAUGAUUUACCCAAACCACGGUGGCGCUGAUCAUAAUAGUUAUCUUUUGGAGAACAGAGUUGACGAUCAGGAUACACAUAUAGCUCAACUGGAAGAAGAAAAUCUGAUAUUGAAAGAGAGAUUGUUCUUGAUGGAAAGGGAGUUUGAUAACUUGAGGAAGAGGUUGCAUAGUUUGGAAAGGGGAAUGCAGGGAGGACAAGGAUUUAUUGAAGAGGUUGUUGUGGAGAAUGAUUCUGAGAAUGAUAGUGGGAGUCGUGGCUAUGGAAGGUCAGUUGAAGAUACUAAUGAGCUAAUGGAAGAGAAUGAUGAUGGAAAUGGGAAUCAGUGUUCUGAACCAAAAGAAUCUAACAAUGGUGAAAAGGGAUUGAAGGAAAUGGAAGUGUUAAAAGAUGUAGGCCUAUCAGAUGUUCAUAAGGAAGAUAAUAUUGUGAACAACGAAGAGAAGUUAGAUGUUGAGAUUGAAGGUAAGAUGGAAGAUGAUAAUCGGAUUAUUGAAUUGAAAGAAAAGGAUAAUGAAUGAAGAUAUGGUAGAAGUUGAAAACAGGUGCAUGUUUAUCUUGUAAGUUCUUGAUUUCAUGCUUUAUUUGUCUUUUUAGGGUUUAGAAAGAAUGUGGUUAAGCUUUAGGAUUUUGGGUGUUGUGUAAAUGUAGUGUUUUUAAAUAAUGUCUUCAUCCAUGUUAUCAGUUUGAAGCUUGUGUUCUUGAUCUUUUGGCUUCAACUAUAUGAAAAUGGAAAAUAUAGAUGAAAUGAAAAUGUAAUACUGACUUCAUUAAGGUAGCAAAAGGUU